ACAGUCCCCACAACACACGGCCAAAAAAUAUCAGAAGAAAGAGAGGAGGAAAGAAAAGAAAAAAUUGUACUACUGUAAUGUCAUCCUUAGGAACACCCUCAAUCUCACGCUGCCCCACAGUCUUCUCUUUAUUGUUCUCCUUUGCAGUCUGCACCAAAAAACUGUAGUUUUCCAGCGUUUCCUUUUCACCAACACUGCUCUAAAAAACUGACACACUUAUACAUAAAAGCAAAGAGGGCAACUAGAUAGAAGACUCUGAUCUUUCAUAAAAGCAAGCAAACAGACACCACAUCUCCUAGCUCUAACCAAACCAAACCCAAGCAAGCACCACCUUCCUUUUCUCUCUCUUACAUCUCAGUUUAACAAAAAUGCCUUAAACCCAUUUAAAAGAAAAAAAAGUCUCCCUUUUAAGUCUCUCCACGCGCUGUCUCACAAUUCCAUGACAUUUCUCUUUCUGGGUUUUUCAAGAUGGCAGCUUUAGAGGGUUCCCAUGUUGUCACAGGCUGUGAAAGUGCCUGCCUUUAUCGACAUUCUGCUACUGGGAGCAGUGACGUGUCACUCUCCGGCGACUCCGACGACCAGUCAUGGCACUCGCCGUUGGAGAUUGAAGGUGUCUCAGACUCUCAGAGGGACUCUUCUGCUGGGUCAAUUUGUAUGUCAGAGGUGGACUUGGAAAGUGGGGUUGUGGAGGUGAAAGUGCAUUUGGGUAAAGUGGAUAGAGAUUGUAGGAUUUGCCAUUUGGUUUUGGAGGGUAAUAGAGAAGCUGGGUUGCCAAUUGAGUUGGGAUGUCUUUGUAAAGGUGAUCUGGGUGCUGCUCACAAAAAAUGUGCUGAGACAUGGUUCAAGAUUAAGGGAAAUACAACUUGUGAGAUCUGUGGCACCAUUGCACUCAAUGUUGCUGGUGAGCAGAGAAAUGAAGCAAUCAAUGCUACUGCCAUUGCCCCCUCAGCAUCAUCAGCACCUGUGAUAUUUGUUGAGAGUCGAACCAUCUGGCAUGGCCGCCGCAUAAUGAAUUUCCUACUGGCCUGCUUGGUCCUUGGCUUUGUCAUUUCGUGGCUUUUUCACUUUAAAAUUCUAUCAUGAGUCCAUGAGAUUAAAGAAGAAGAUAUUAAAAAGAAAAAAGAAAGAAAGAAAAAGUUAGUAACCUAUCAUGAUCUGAGGUGAAGCUGCAGUUCUCAUUCUCCUUGUGCUUGUAUGGAUAACUUACAUCCACCGAUGACUACAUGUACUACUCUUUAGAAUUAGUAUUGAAAUGUAUGUUAUGAUGUAUAAUAAAAGCUUCUUUGUGCCAUUCAA